AUGAAGCACCUCGCCGCUUACCUGCUCCUCGCCCUUGCUGGCAACACCUCCCCCUCCGCUGAGGAUGUCAAGGCUGUCCUCUCUUCCGUUGGCAUUGACGCCGACGAGGAGCGCCUGAACAAGCUCAUUGCUGAGCUCGAGGGCAAGGACCUCCAGGAGCUGAUCGCUGAGGGUUCCGCCAAGCUCGCUUCCGUUCCCUCCGGUGGUGCUGCCGGCGCUGCUCCUGCCGCUGGCGGUGCCGCUGCUGGUGGUGCUGCCGCCGCUCCCGCCGAGGAGAAAGAGGAAGAGAAGGAGGAGUCCGACGAGGACAUGGGCUUCGGUCUCUUCGACUAA